GAUGUCAGCAGAACCGGUGGUAUAUAAGAGGUUCCUGUUGAUGAGCAGCUGUCAUUGGUCGAGCGUCUCUUGGUCCAAUAAGUUCUCCGUGGAAGCUGCUCAGCCGCCGUCGUCGCCAUGUUCAAACGACAGCUUCUGAUAGUUCUUUUGGUGGGUGUGUGCUUCUUUGGCGUCAUAUACGCCACUGGCUGCGAACCUUCUUGCAUUGAUACAGCAUUCUACGGAACCAAGAAAUGUCUACCAGCUGGCAGCAUGGUUGAAGACCCGAUGAACUGCACGCAGUACUACUUUUGCCUGUCUAACUGUGCAGUUAUGGAACAUCCAGUGCCCUGCGACGGAGCAACCUUCAACCCUGAUACUGGCGCAUGCGAUGGACCGCCGGACUGCAAAGCCUCCUGUGACACAGGCAGCUGCCACCUCACCUGCAACGGGACGCUGGACAUGAUUAGCGAUCCACUCGACUGCAGCAAUUAUUACAUCUGCCUCCCGGGCGAAAUCAGAGGACCCUUCACUUGCCCAGCCAGUGCGCCCUUUUUCAAUGGAGAAACCUGUGUGAUUGAGAACAGCGAGUGCUGCGAGGGAAGCUGCUUGCCUUUUUGUUCAUCGGCAGGCGUGCAAAUUCCUGAUCCCUUAGACUGUAAGAAGUAUUACAUCUGCGUUACAGGGGGGGAACUAGCAUCGGAAGAUUUCCAUUUCACUUGCAACUCUGGCAAUUUCGACAUAGCUCAGGGGUUAUGCUCAGACACCGCAGAAUGUAAAGUGUUAUGUCCGGGCGGUGUCCCUGGUGGAGCCACAACCGCGGCCGGUAGCACUGCCGUUUCCUCUGCCCCAUCAGUCACGCCGUCCGGCGACUGUCAAGACUCUCUCACCUGCACUGCAGUUGGCAAUGUCGCCAAGUGCAUCACAUGCCAGCCGGAAUAUUUCCACUGCUCAGCCGUAGGACAGCCAGGGGUCAGCCAGACGUGUUCGGGCGACCUAGUGUUUAACCCGAUCCCCAGUUUCCCGUACUGCGUCUUACCCUCGAACUGCCCUUACACUCCACCGCUGUAGGACGGAUCCUUCGUCUCUUUGCAGGCCUUUUGUUUUACGACAUGGAAAGCCAUUGAGAAGUUCUAAAUAUAAAAUGAAUGAGAAAAAGAAAAUUGUUAAGUAUCAAUAACAUGAAAAGAUUUUAAUAUGCAAAUCUGAAUAGAAUGCAUCUACUAUAUAAUUUUUGUAACUCUUGAUUAAUUGAGCUUAAAUAAACAUUGCAUAUC